GUCUUAUAUAAAAAUACAUUUUAGAAAAAUUAAGCUCACAACAUAGUUUUUUUUUUUCAAGUUAAUAUAUCCUCCGUAGUGUAUUACACAAAUAAAAGUCGUUACGAAAAUAUUUGUACAAUGAUAAUAUGUAUGCCAACACUACAUUGUGCUCAAUUAUUAUGUGUUGACUUCACUCCAUAAAUUCGUUAUAAUUUUGAAUCGAUUCAGGAUUGUGGAUCUUUAUUCUAAUUUUCUUUAUUCUUUAUUUAAAUUGUGUGUUUUAUGAUAAAAUAAUUCUUUAUAAUUUUCUAGGGUCAUUGUAAUAUUUGAAAUAUUAUAUUUUCUACACAUAUUUUACAAAUAUUUUAUAAUUAUAUUUGCUAUUGAUACACGCUAUCGAAUAAUAAAAUAUAAUUAUAAUUUAUAUUUGUACAAUAUUUUUAGAAAUAUAUAAUAUUAUCAAAUAACUCAUAGGUCUACGAUGAAUUUUUUUAAUACAAUAAAUAUCAUCGUAUGGAAUAUAUUGUAUUGGCAGUCCACUCUAGGAUAUCAGUUUGAUGUACAAGAUAUCCAUCAAGUUUUCAACAUCUCCAAAUUUGCUCUAGAUCCCAUAGUCAGACCUGAAAUAUCAAUAAACAGAUCAUACCCAAGGUUAGGGCUUCUUAUAAACGAACUUAAGUUGAAGAAAUUUGUCCUUCAAGGGAUCCAUUUAUCUAUGAUUAACUGCGAACAAUUUGCUGAAUAUAAAAACUGUAACAUUACUAUACCAGAGUUGAAUUUAAAUACUGAUUUUAAAAUCAACUAUAUGAUUAACAGUACACCAAGUAAAUAUAAAGGAAAUAUUUCAGUUCAAUUUAAAGGAGUUUUAGUCGAGGUUGGCAAUAUAUUGGAUGGCUCCUCAAUGUUUAAGGACAUUGAAUUUAUUGUUAAAAACAUUAAGACAGCACAUUUCAACGUAGAAAUAGAUAACAACCAGUUAAAAAGUGAAUUUGCAACCAACCAUUUAAACAAAUACUUUCUGGAAUUGUUGUACAAUCAUCAACAUAUUAUAAACUCUCUUCUCUCGAAAGAAUUCAGAAGAAUUUUAGAUGAUGAGACAUUAUUAACAACUUUACAUAGUCUGUUAUUAGACACUGACACAUUAUUACACCAAAUAGAUGAGUCUCUGAAGAACUUUCAAGGUGGAUCCACCUUGACGUGGUCUUGGGGCUCAGUAUCGCUCCACAAACCAGUGGCAGUGGUCAACUAACGGAUCCAACACCGCAACUGCGGUCCAUUCAAAGGAAGUUCUCUGAUCUUCCUCAGAUUGGUGUUGUUCGAACCCAGUUGACAGGGGGCUGGCAUCUUUGCCUGCCCCCUGUCAACUGGGUUCUUAUAUGAAUUAUCAUAUAUCAGAGACAUUAUGGUCAUCAUCUUCAGAUGGAUACCCGGAGAGGGGUUUUUACAUUUUCCCCUCUCUCAAAAAAAGCAGAAACAGAAGACAACAGUAUCCCAUACCAUUAAACCUAUGGUGUUAUGAAUGAAGAACAAAAAACCAACAAUACGAUUUCAGGUAUUGUUUACCAAAUUUAAGGAAAAUAUCUAAAUGCGUUGUGUGUUGCGUUUUUUUUUU